AUGUGUGCAAGCUCAAAAGGAGGAUUAUCAGGGGAUGUAGAACUGCGUUAUUCUUUUGUACCCGACAUAAGAAGCAUACGAAUCAUUAUGAUUACACAUAAUCUGGACGUUCUACAACAGAUUCUUCAAAAGAUUAGAUACAUAGAACAGAGGGUUCUAACUACCCGAAUCAGCAUUAUCAUAGAAUAUCAUAGAGAAUUAAGUGUGCCUGUCCAAGAAACUUUAUCAAUGAGGAAUAAGACAUUAAGCACCAGACUAAUAAGUCGAGCAAAAUAU